AUGGUCCCUAUUCCAGCUGGAGUGUUUACAAUGGGAACUGAUGAGCCAGUUAUAAAACAAGAUGGAGAAGGGCCUGGAAGGAGAGUCCACAUUGGUCAUUUUUUCAUGGAUCGCUAUGAAGUCAGCAAUGCAGAGUUUGAGAAGUUUGUGAAUGCUACUGGCUAUGUUACAGAGGCAGAAAAAUUUGGUGAUUCCUUUGUAUUUGAAGGCAUGUUGAGUGAAGAAGUAAAGAAUGGAAUUCAUCAAGCUGUUGCAGUUGCUCCUUGGUGGCUGCCAGUUAAAGGAGCAAACUGGAAGCACCCAGAAGGCCCGGAUUCUGGUAUCUUAAACAGGCUGGAUCAUCCAGUUCUUCAUGUUUCUUGGAAUGAUGCUGUUGCCUUUUGCACAUGGUCAGGAAAACGGUUACCAACUGAAGCCGAAUGGGAAUACAGCUGUCGGGGAGGCCUUGAGAAUAGACUUUUUCCCUGGGGAAACAAACUUCACCCAAAUGGUCAGCACUAUGCAAAUAUUUGGCAGGGAGAAUUCCCUACAAGCAAUACGGAAGAAGAUGGCUAUAAAGGAACUGCACCUGUAACAGCAUUUCCUCCAAAUGGUUAUGGCCUGUACAACAUUGUGGGAAAUGCCUGGGAGUGGACAUCAGAUUGGUGGGAAAUUAAUCAUUCUGCAGAUGAAACGUACAGCCCAAAAGGACCUCCAAAAGGGUCUGACCGAGUGAAGAAAGGUGGGUCCUACAUGUGCCAUAAGUCCUAUUGCUAUAGAUAUCGAUGUGCAGCCCGAAGCCAAAAUACGCCUGACAGCUCAGCUUCCAAUCUGGGGUUCCGCUGCGCUGCUGACAGUCUACCAGACUACUUAAAGUGACAAAUCUUGACAGCUUUGGAGGAUGGAGAGAUCGCACCAGGCAUUGCAGAAGAGGAUGCAGCUCAAAGAUUCCACCUUUGUCUUGCCAAAACAGAAGAAACUGGAAAUUCUAAAUAUUUCAGCUAGCAGCUUGUGUUUUCUUUGAUCACUGGUUCUUAAAGAACCUGGGUUGCAUUUCCAUUUAGUUCACAUAACCUGAAAUACAUUGAUUAUUGAAUUGCUUUAAAUUUAAAUUAAGAACUAAAUCAUAUCAGUCAUUGUUUUGCUUUUUAAUAAGACGUUUUAGUCAAUUCAUUCAAAUUAUAGAUUGAUUUACAGACUUAAUUAAGUAUAAUAUAUUUCUUUAAUUUAAAAAAGUGGAUCUAAUUAAGAUAGAAUAGCAUACAGUAGUUACAGGGAGAAAAAGUCACAGAGGUCAUUCUGAUCCAAAGAAAUUUCAAGGCUGUUUGUAAUCAUAUUUGCAACAUAUUUAUGCUGCAACUGUCUUACCUUCUUGUUCCAUUGGUUUCAGUGGGUCUUAAAUUCAAUUCAUAUUUUUCAGGAUCAAUAAUUUUAAAAACAAACCAUUAUUCUGUUUUCUGAAAUUUACUGUAUGUAUGAUUUAUUGUUGCUUUUCAUGAAGAUUCUUAUUUUUGAUAAGUAACAAUUUCCUCAGCAGCUAUAGCAGAGAGAGUGCCUGACCCAAACCUUGACAAAUACCUUCCUUAGGACCUCCAUUUUCCCAUCCUCACUACCUAAAUUCUAGGGGACAGUUUUUCUUGCCCCCCCCCCACUGAAAGUGUUCCACUGGGCAAAUAUUAAAGUUGCCACUACCUGUGUUCAAUAGGCAGCUGGCCCCUUGGGCACCCGGAAUCUGGAUGGGGCAGAACAAGAACUCCCUCUUCACAAGGACAAGCUUUUAAAUAGAUGGUCCCAGUUUCCCCUUUUAAUCAGGUUACCAGGCCCAAGCAGUAUUGGAGUAUGUGGGGCAAGUCUAACCCCACCCCCUACCCUACCAGGAAUAAGACCAAAUAAAAUAUUUUUAUUUAACAUAAAAUAAGUCCUUGGGGAAUAAGGUAGUUGCACCAAGUACUAGGAGGCUAGACCUGCAUGUAAAAGCGAAGGAAGGAAGGAAGGAAGGAAGGAAGGAAGGAAGGAAGGAAGGAAGGAAGGAAGGAAGCAACCCUACUAAGGAGAACAGCACUGAAAAGAAAUAAUGCACCCUAAUGUGCCUGCCUAGACUUUCUCUGCCAUCUUGACCUGACUAGUUCCAGUUGUCCUAGAGUUUCAGAGCUCAGUCCCAGGCCCAAUUAGGAAACAUGCUGUUAAAGUCCUUGCUUUUCUGAGAACUUCCACUAACAACCUCUGGGGACAGGUAACUUCUAACUCCCUGCCCCUGAAUCCCACCCUGCCUCUCAUUGGAAGAAGACAGUGAUUUUAGUGUUCUGUAUGCAGCAGACCCCUCAUUCCACUACAACAUUUUUCACCAGCUGAUCUAAGAAAAAAUGUAUUUUUUUCCCCCAAAUGGCUCCUUCUAACUAUACGAUUCUGUAUUUAAGGAGCCUGAGGGUUACAGAUGGAAAUAGCUGUCAAUAACUUUUCAGGGAGAUACUGUGAAAAUCCUGAGAUAAAUCGUCUCUAAAAUGCACAUAGAGAAAAUGUGAACAGAGAUAGGCAUCUCGGGUUAUAUUUGAAUUACUUUUCCUACACACCCUUACUAGGGAAGUGUGCUGUUGACGUUAAUAGGGCUUUCUUUUCAACAGGCCUUUGUAGGGCUGUGGGAGGUAUCUAAUAAAACUUUGCAAUUCUUUG